CUUCUUUGGAAAUGGACAGUCGUGACACACAAAUUCUUGAAGGAAUUCUUCGAAAACCAGUUUCUCUUCUCCUUUUUUCAUGCUCUUCACUCGGCCGCUUUUGCUCAUUUGUCCGAAUCUCGCCAGUACUUGGCUUUCGAAGAGCGUGGCGUCAACUCUGUCCUCACUGGCCUGCUCCGGCUACUCUUCCCGGUCGAGUUGGAGGAGCGCGAGCGGUCGUUUCUUCAAGAGAUGGAGUUGCUGUCUCGGUGAGUUGA